CAAAAUCGCGCUAUCUCAUGCCAUAACGUAAGCGAUAAACAAAACCAUCCACAACAACACCAACAAAAACGGAUGCUGCAGAAUGGGCGAUGCGAAAACUCGAGUCACUCCCAACUAGGGCCUGACAUACAUCGUCUACGUCGACAUCAGCCUUGCCCGAAUGUACACUCGGAGAAGCCGUUGGUGGAAAAUAAAAAAUCUCGCAACGUCAAGGACGAUUCAGUUUCACGUUCUUCGUCCUGCGAUUCCGUUACUUUUGGGAUCAUGGUGAAACCAAGAGCAUCUUUGUGUCACUUGAGAGACGCUGCGUGCGUUCCUCCGUCACAAAAUUCGGCGAGUUGUGUAUGCCAAUAUCAUCCGGAAGGAACUAUGAUGUCUCAAGGACAUGAUGCACAUUCUCACCAGCCUUACCAUCAUCUUGGGCACAAUUACUAUCAACCCCGUAACCCACAUCAUCAUCUGUCACAACAACAGCAGCGUAGGUUCUGCAUAAGGACAACUACAGCCGCUGCAACGGGAGCCUCCGAUGGUAGCACAAUUUCCGCUAUAAAUCCGAUUGGCAUGCCGGCUAUGCACAGUGUUGUAAGUGUGCGGGAAACUCAUCACAUUGCCCAGGCCCAGCAGGAAAAAAACGCGAAACUCCGCGAUGCAUUCGGCAUUUCGGAAUACUUUGUCGAGGGUACAAGCUUCGACCAGGACCGAAAAGCCAAGGAAGAUCUAGCAAAAUCGGAAGCCUUGCAGAAGGAGUUGGCUGAGAAAGAAAAGGUCAAGGAGGUGGAACGGGUCAAUCGUAAACGCUACGCACUCGUGCGAACACCAUCACCUGAAAAGCAAGGAAGCGGCUCCGAAACGACUAGCCGUAAUGGGAAGCGUGCUGCUUUGGCGUCCCACGAUCGUGUUGAUCGUGGUGAUAAUGACGGAGCUAGAGAAAGGACUGAUGAUGAUGAGGGCAAUAUUAGCGGAAAGGUAGUUCCGAGAGCAUCCCGCAAUAAGGAAGAGAAGAAAAAGAAAAAGAAAAAAGCACGGGAUAUGUCUUCAAGUCCAAAUCGCAAGAAAGAUAAAAAGAAGAAAUCAAAGAAAAACAAAAAAGACAGAACUAAAAAAAAGCAUUCGAAAAAGUUUCAACGGAAUGACGACAGCGAUUCCACUGACACAGAUUCGGACUCAAACUCAAUGGCCAGCGAUGCAUUGUCUAGUUCGGAGCGCGGCAGCAGCAGUAAACGAAAGAAAAAGUCUACAAAAAAGAAAGACAAGAAAAAGAAAUCAUCGAAAAAGAAGAAGGCAAAAUCUCGUUCGUCAUUCCACGUAAAGUCACCAAUGACGGAAAACAAGUCAUUAAUGGAAGAGCCACCAGGGCGUGAGGACGUGCAUGAUGAAGGCAAUCACCAAGGUGAUUCAUGCGUAUCGGAAGAAGUAUUGCAUGCGAAGAACAAAAAUCUCAACGAUCGCAACCGACAUAUAAUCGUCGAUAAUAGUCGAGAUCACUACAUUACUCACAGCCAAAGUAGAGGACCUCGAAGCUAUAAUCGCGAUGAUGAUAGUAACCUUGGCUAUGCCUUCUCCGGCAGAAGUUCGAAUAUUAGAGGAGGGUUUCAGCGCCCCCACCAUGAUCAUGGUAUAAUGCAAAAGGGAGAUGAAAAUCGGGAACGGCGUAGUAGAUCGAGGCAUCGUCGCUGGGAACGUUCAAUAGAUCGUGAACGAAAACAUAAGUCACGCUCCCGUUCUGAGAGUCGUCGCAGUCGUCAACACAAAAAUCGAGGUUCUCCCACGACGGAACGUAGUUUGAGAAGAUCAAGUGAUAGAAAGCGGCGCGAUUAUACACCACAAAGAACGGACAAAACAGACCGGCGUCAUCGUGAGUCAGAUCAUCAUGAACCAAAUGAUGCUGGUCGUGUUCCAAGUGAAUUCGAGAGGCAAAGUGAUCGAGGCAAACAUCAACGCCAACGUGAACGUGACGCUGAACGAAACCGUGAUCGUGGCCAAGAACGUGAACGGAAUCCCAACCGCACUCGCGAUCACGAUGCUGAUCGAUUCAGAGAACGAUCAUCGCGCAGUGUCGACAAGCAACAGGAGCACGCAGCUUCAAAUGUUUGGCUGCGUUCCAACGAUCCAUCGAAAAAAACACAUGUCAAGAGCUCGCCCCAAGAGCCUCAGCGCAUGGACAAAUCAUCGUCGACGGGAAGCAAAAAACGCAACAAAUCCCCUGAGUUAAAACAAGACUCUACCGAAAAGACUCGCAAACGCCCUGAACACACGAAAACGAUGUCGCCUUCAGCGCUAGCACCGCCACAACGCUCAGCUAGCGGUAUACCAGACGCUUCGUUAAUAGCUGAAAAACAGCUAUCUUCUGACGAUUCAGCUUCCGAUUUGAGCUAUUCACCUGCAAGACGCGACCCCGAUCGCUACCACGACAUCUUGCAUCAGACCUCUGCCGAAAAUAUAGGAAAUCCAGAAGUAAAUAAAAUGAAUGGUGAAGAACAGACCACUUCGUUUGGAUCAGCGGUGAUAGAUAAUGGGCGAGCAAAUGGGUCCGCUAGUGCGACAAAAACUUAUUCGAACGAAGAAACUAAGCCCCGGGAGGAUGAUCCGGAGACGAAGCGUAGUGACAGUGAAUCACGUUCUCCGCGGAAACGCCCGUCACGUUCUCGUUCGCGUUCCAUUGCUCCUUCCGCCAAAAGUCGAGGCGAAUCGUCUUCAACGCCACUGAAUAAACAACAGUUUAAACAACAUAUUUCCUCUUCAGAAACUAAAAAAACUCAAGCUGCUGCAGCGCCAGAGGGAAACUCCAAUUCUGUAUCAAAAAAGUCGAACAACAAACUAACGUCAGUCUCGGCGUCUUCUUCCACCUCCAAAUUGCGUCAUAGCUUAAGACGCGACGUGUCACGUUCGCCGGAGAUUAAGAAACGACGUUCUGAUCGCGAUGCCAUUUCAUCGAAAGCGGAAAUUCCAUCGUUUAAAGUUGGUCCAAGAGCUUCUCGCUCAGAUCGUAGUGAUCGAAAAUUCAACAACAAACGGGAGAAUGAGCAUGAAACAAAAUUGUACAAGCGUGUCUCCAGUAGUCCCGAGCGAAGAAGAACUGAAACUUUAUCCAUCACUGGCGAAGGCGAUUCAAAAAAGUUUAAACAGAAGAAAACUACUAUAUUCGCUAUAGGUUCUCUAUCGUCUGCCCAAUCUCAUGGUACGUCAACUACAGUCGUGCAACAACCAGUGGUGAAAUUACAUUCGCCGGAGACAUCCCAUUCGUCGGCCGAAUCGGACAAUACAGAUCACGGUAGAGAUGAGAGGGAUGAAGGGGGAGACAAUUUGGACGCCUUUCUUCCGAGAUACGAUGAUAAGCGCGAACAGGAAAAAGAUCUCUCGCUGCUGAAAGCGUUGAAAAACGAUCUAGCCGCCAAGGCCAAGCAGAGUUUGGAAAAGAAAAAAAAUGUGUCUGAAAGCAUGGGAGCAAGUGGUGCCAUAAUUGGAGUUAUGGGAUUGGUCGGAAAGAGUAGCGAUGUUUCGAGUGCACUGCUUGUCGAGUCGCGCGUUGGAGAAUCGCGGGAAAGAGAUUUGCAAUUGUUGCACACUAAGCAGCAACCGCUCGAUCCAACUUCGUCCAAUACGCUUCCAGAUUCCGCUUCUGCAGUCAGCGAAACACUACCGAUGCCAUCGUCAACAACGAUGAGUGCGUCUACUGCACUAGAUGCAACCAGCAACAAUACAAAUAAUGCAACGAUUAAGAAAGAGAUUCAUGAAAUUAUUAGCACCGUUGGUGCGUGUGCUGUAGCCGACGAUUCGGAAGCUAAUACGAAGAAAACGACGAUCUUGCAAGCUGUGGACAAUAUUUUGAAAGAAAAAAUAUCCGGAAAGCCCAACAAAACCCAUAAAGAGCGAACCACAACUAGAAGUUCUCGUUCGAGAUCCCAUUCUCGUUCACGAUCCCGUUCCCAAAAAUCACGCAGUUACAGUAGUUCCAGCAGCGAUACAUGCAGUUCCCGUUCGCAAAGUCGAUCGUCAUCGUCACACAGCCGUAGUUCUUCUGGUCGCGGUAGCAGUCGUUCGAGAAGUCGUUCUAGCAGUCCCUCUACGCGUUCGAGCGUGGCCCGAUCCCGCACUGGAUCACGGUCUCCUUCAAUCCCUCGUCGGGCCGGAUCACCAUCAUUCCUUGAUCGACGCCGUAUAACUAGUGCUCGGAAGCGUCCCAUACCAUAUCGAAGACCAACACCAUCGUCCCCGUCAAGCGGCAGCAGCUAUCACAGUCGUUCUCGAAGCCGAAGUAAAAGCUAAAUUUCUUCUUCAGUGAACAGAUGAGAGCGGUUUUUUAUUUUCAACACAAAUUCAUUUGCUCCUCACAUUGGUUAGAUGCUGUUUGCAGAUGCAAACAAUGCGUCGAUAAACUCCCUAAAGCAUUUCAUAGUUUUCAAUGUUGGUCAUUCAAUGCAAUACAAUAAGCAGUAAAUGCAAUAAGAAAUAUGAUAUAGAUUUUCUAAAUAAAUUGAUGCGCCUGGGCCUUUAAGCAAGAUGUUUCAAAUAGCACUCUACUUUAAAAAAUGUAUCAUGUACUCACGCAAAAACUAUUUUGGUCUGGUCAUGGACUUUCUGGUCCACGUUUUAGGUAUCACAAGCUUAUCUUUUAUUGCAAUUCCCGUCAUUACAUUUUGUGCAAUCUUAUGUAAUUCAUCGUUGAGGCUUUGAGCAAAAAAAAACAAAUACUAAUUAAUAUUGAAAUGAAAAUUACUUCUUGCAUUUAGUAAAACAAGAAACAUCAACUCACUAGUUGCUAGUCAUUGGAGUCAUUGGAUGAAGCGAUGUUUAGCUUAAAACCCAUGAGCACAAGCAAACAUCUUGAAUCAAUGAAAAAGGUAUUGUGAUUAUCACGCAAAGCUUUUGAUCAAUAAAACAAAAGUAAAUAAA